AAUGUAUGAGUGACAACUGUGGCUCUCUUGUGAUCAGACAGGAAAUCAUCCUCUAGAUGAUCAGAUGAAGACACCACAAUCUACUCUUCAUUCAAGUUUACACGAAAAGCAAAGCUGGGAGCGCUGAAGCAACAUGGAGUACACGUUCAGAGCAGUAACUCGCAGCCCAGGGAUUAUAAUCUGGAGAGUUGAGAAAAUGGAGCUGGUUCAAGUUCCUGAGAAGUCCUUUGGGAACUUUUUCGAGGGUGACUGCUAUGUACUUCUGUUUACGCAGAAGCUGAAUAGCUCUGUAAGUUACAACAUCCACUUCUGGAUCGGCUCAGAGUCCAGCCAGGAUGAACAGGGUGCAGCUGCUGUGUACACCAUACAGCUGGAUGAUUUCUUAGGCUCCUCUCCAAUUCAGUACAGAGAGGUUCAGCACAACGAGUCGGAUACAUUCAAGGGAUACUUCAAAAGUGGAAUAAUCUAUAAGAAAGGGGGCAUUGCAAGCGGCAUGCGGCACACUGAAACCAAUGCAUAUGAUAUUCAGAGACUGCUUCAUGUGAAAGGAAAGAAAAGAAUAAUUGCCAAAGAGGUGGAGAUGAGCUGGAAGAGCUUCAACCUCGGAGAUGUGUUUUUGUUAGACCUUGGUAAGAACAUCAUCCAGUGGAACGGUCCAAAGAGCAACACUCAGGAAAAGCUUAAGGGCAUGGUGCUGGCCAAAGACAUCCGGGACAGAGAGAGAGGAGGCCGGGCGGAGAUCAGGGUGAUCGAGGGCGACGCAGAGAGCAGCUCUCCUCAGAACAUGGAGGUCAUGAAGAACGUUCUGGGUGACAGACCCUCCGUCCUGCCAGACGGGACGCCUGAUGAAACUGCUGACCAGGAAACGAAGGGAAAGCUCACGCUUUACCAAGUGUCAGAUGCAGAUGGUCAGAUGAAAGUAACGGAGAUCGCUACAAACCCUCUGGUUCAGGAUCUGCUCUCCCAUGACGAUUGUUUCAUCCUGGAUCAAGGAGGCAGCAAGAUCUUCGUCUGGAAAGGGAAAAAGGCAAACAAAGCUGAGAGACAGGCUGCCAUGUCCAGAGCUUUGGACUUCAUCAAAGCGAAAAACUACCCAAUCACCACUAAUGUGGAGUCAGUAAAUGACGGGGCGGAGUCCGCUCUCUUCAAGCAGCUCUUCCAGAAGUGGACGGUGAAAGACCAGACGCAAGGCCUCGGAAAAGCUAACACAAGGGGCAAAAUUGCUAACAUCACACAAGAGAAAUUUGAUGCCUCCAUGAUGCACUCAAUGCCAGAGGUCGCUGCUCAGGAGCGAAUGGUGGACAAUGGUGGAGGUCAGGUUGAAGUGUGGCGAGUGGAGAACCUGGAGCUCGCCCCGGUAGACCCUAAAGGGUACGGAUACUUUUACGGAGGAGACUGCUACCUGAUCUUGUACACUUACUUAGUUAACAACAGAAAGUGUUAUCUGUUGUACAUCUGGCAGGGGCGCCAUGCCACACAGGAUGAGCUGGCCGCUUCGGCGUUUCAGGCUGUGAACUUGGAUCAGAAGUACAACGACGAGCCAGUUCAAGUGAGAGUGACCAUGGGAAAGGAACCGAGACACUUCAUGGCCAUGUUCAAAGGGAAAAUGGUCAUCUUCGAUGGAGGCACAUCCAGAAAUGGGAAUUCAGAUCCCGAGCCUCCAGUAAGGCUGUUCCAGGUUCAUGGUUUUGACGCGUCCAACACGAAAACCAUUGAGGUUCCAGCCCUGGCCACCUCUCUGAACUCCAACGACGUGUUUCUGCUGAAGAGCCAAUCAGGAAUCUACCUGUGGUGUGGGAAGGGCUCAAGCGGAGACGAGAGAGCCAUGGCAAAGGAGGUGAGCUCUGUGGUCGGCCUCGGCUCAGAAAGAGGUUAUGAAGAGAUUGUGGCCGAGGGUCAAGAGCCUGUUGAAUUCUGGGAGCUGCUUGGGGGGAAAGCUCCUUAUGCAAAUGACAAAAGAUUACAGCAGGUGGUUUUAGACCACGAGCCACGCCUGUUUGAGUGCUCCAACAAAACGGGGCGCUUCAUCGUCAGUGAGGUGGCUCAGUUUACACAGGACGACCUCAGCGAGGACGAUGUCAUGCUGCUGGACACCUGGGACCAGCUGAUUCUGUGGAUUGGCAAAGAGGCGAAUGAGGUGGAGCGUAAAGAGGCCGUGGUGACGAGCCAGGAGUAUCUGCGGACUCACCCUGGAGACAGAGACCCGGAUACGCCCAUCGUCCUGAUCAAGCAGGGCUUCGAGCCGCCCACCUUCACUGGCUGGUUUGCUGCCUGGGAUCCCUCAAAGUGGAGCGGAGGGAAGAGCUAUGAAGAACUGAAGAAAGAGCUGGGAGAAGACCUCACACCUAUUGUUCUACAAACUGAGGAAAAUGCUGAGACGGAGAAAACCUUUCAGCCUUUCCCACCCGACAUGUUGGUUAACAAGCAACCUGACGAGCUGCCUGAAGGUGUGGACCCGUCCGAGAAAGAGAAGCACCUGACUGACGCCGACUUCACCAGCAUAUUUGGUUUCAGCAAAGACGACUUUGUGAGCCUGCCGCAGUGGAAACAGCUGAACCUGAAGAAAAAGAAAGGCUUGUUUUGAUCAAAGUCUUUGUGUUUAAAAUAUUAACAGCAAGAGGUUUUCUACCCCUUAUUUCAGUUUAGAAAUUUGAUUUUUUUUUUCUUUUGAUGGUGAAUCGUUUUUACUAUAUUUCAAUCUUACUUUUUUUAAAGAAAGAUAAUUGCUAAAUUCACACCUGAUAAUGUUGUCAAUGUCUCUGAAUGCAGUUCGCUCUAUAAUUAUUGGCACCCUAGUUAGAAAUGUGCAACAUUUCUAACAGCUGUGGAUAUUUUUCCCCCUCCUGACUGGUGGCAAAAUUAACAGUUGCAGUCAUUUAAAACUUUUAUUUGACUAUU